AUGAGUGGCACGAUGCACAGAUGGAUUACUAUGGCACGCGCCUGGCCACCUGCUCCUCCGACCGCUCCGUGAAGAUCUUCGACGUCCGGAACGGAGGGCAGAUCCUCAUUGCAGACCUGAGGGGGCAUGAAGGUCCGGUGUGGCAGGUUGCCUGGGCUCAUCCUAUGUAUGGGAAUAUCUUGGCUUCCUGUUCCUAUGACAGGAAGGUUAUUAUCUGGAAGGAAGACAAUGGCACUUGGGAAAAGACCUAUGAAUACACAGGACAUGAUUCCUCAGUGAAUUCUGUCUGCUGGGCACCACAUGACUAUGGACUGAUCCUGGCCUGCGGCAGCUCUGACGGGGCCAUCUCCUUGUUGAGCUACACGGGAGAUGGGCAGUGGGAAAUCAAAAAGAUCAGCAAUGCACACACGAUUGGAUGUAAUGCUGUUAGCUGGGCUCCUGCUGUUGUACCAGGGAGCCUUAUAGAACAACCCUCUGGUCAGAAGCCAAACUACGUCAAAAGAUUUGCAUCAGGGGGCUGCGACAACCUGGUCAAGAUCUGGAAGGAAGAAGACAGUCAGUGGAAAGAGGAGCAGAAGCUGGAGGCUCACAGUGACUGGGUGCGAGACGUGGCCUGGGCUCCAUCCAUAGGUUUGCCAACCAGCACCAUUGCCAGCUGCUCCCAGGAUGGCAGAGUGUUCAUCUGGACGUGUGACGAUGCCUCUGGAAACUCCUGGUCACCAAAGCUUCUGCACAAGUUCAAUGAUGUUGUCUGGCACGUGAGCUGGUCCAUCACUGCCAAUAUCCUUGCGGUGUCUGGAGGAGACAACAAGGUGACGCUGUGGAAGGAGUCGGUGGACGGACUGUGGGCGUGUAUCAGCGACGUGAACAAGGGCCAAGGAGGGGUGUCAGCUGUGACUGAGGGGCAGCAGAACGAGCAGUGAUGCGUGAGGGAGUGCUCCAGCUGCAGCAGGAGAUCCCUGUCCCUGAUUUGCAAUGGUUCUUGAGCUGGAUGAGAACUGAUUUUAUCUAAACUGAAUAUGGGAAACAAUUAUCCAAUUUUAUGAGCACUCUAAAGCUAUUACUGGGAGGCUACAAAAUGUUGAUAAUCAGCCUUAAUUGACAUUCCCUUAAAUUUAAAGAGCAUAGCAAAGUACUGUGCCUGAUACUACUCCUUGACGCUGUAGGAAUUAUACCCUGCUUUUCUGGUUUAAGGAUCGAAUUUGAUUGGAUAUGCACUGGUCAGACUUCAAGCAUUUGGGCAGGAACAGGAGGAGACUGUCAGAGGUGUGAGGUGUGAACUCCUUUGUGCAAAGGGGCAAAUACUCUGUGCCCUCAAAGACCAGAACUUUGUUCCCAGUGAGGGGAAGGGCUGGUGGAGUUCUUGGUUAGCUGGUAGUGUGCUGGCCAGCCCUGUGGUAGCAGCAAAACGGUGCUAAGAUCUUCCUGAAAAUAACAUGCUUGGCUAAGUGGGAGUCUCUGUGCUUUCCUGAAGAUGAAAAGGAGUAGUGGAAUGCAUAUGUCUUCUGCUCUACAAUGGUCUCAAACUUGGUUAUUUUACUAAGAUCAGUAAAUCAAACCAUGGUUUGAAGAUUUUUUUUCCAGCCACAUGUCUGUACUGUACCUCAGGUUUGGGUUUUGGUUCUUUUCCUUUUUUGAGAUACCAACAGAAUAAAGUCCUAUUGGUUAUAGCCUG